ACUUAUUAUUCUCUUUAUAUUGUAGACGGAGAAGGCAAAUGUAUAGUUCAUUGUGAUUAUAUCGUGAUAUGUGAUAUGUGAGGAAGUUCUUGCUGCUAUCGACAACUCUGACGAGAAAGGUCCAUUUUUGCAGCCUCUCCUUCCUUCCUGAAAAGUUGAUAGAACAGGCAGAGGCGAUGGCAAGUCUUGUUACAAAAACCACCGAAUUGGUAAAACUUGGUGUGACUCAUGCAAGGCCUGUGCUGCAUGUAUGGCAGCAAUAUGCCAGAGUAGAAUUAACGCCACCUUCAUUAAAGGACAUUCCUGCGAUUCGAAGUGGCUUUUCGAAGUUGAUUCAGUCUGCGAAGACGGGUCGCUAUCGUGAAGUCACCGUACGUGAGGCUGUCAUAAACACCUUGGUGGCUGCCGAAAUAUAUUGUUGGUUCUUUGUUGGAGAGUGUAUUGGAAAACGACAUUUUGUUGGAUACGAAGUAUAAGUAUGCCAUAUAUUUAAUCUCUAUAUAGAUAAUUCUGUAUCAAUUAGACUUGUUCAUAAAUAUACAAAAAUAUAAAUCGCGUA